GAUUGAAUCUAUUACAAUUUAACCUCUAAACAAUCUAUAACGGUAUUCUGCAGAUCUCAAGCCGUUAGUGGAAUGAAUAACAGCAGCAAAAAUGCCACAUAUACCUCAGAAACAGCAGAAAUUACGAAUAUGGAAUUUUCAUCCUUUAUUUUGUGGUGCUUUGCUUUCGGAGCAGUGGGCAUUAUUGUUAUCAUCGCAAACAUCAUUACAAUACUGGUUUUUUUCUCAAGCAAAUACCUCUUACGCAAACGACACAACCAUUUCUUGAUCCUAUUGGCAAUCUCUGAUAUAAUAGUUGGGCUGGUUGUGAUACCGUUGUACAUUUAUCAGCUGGUGUCUUGGUGGACCAACGAACACAGCGUGCUGAGAAAUACCCUUUACGACAUCUUCACAUCAAUGGACAUCUUAUGUGGAUUUGCUUCCAUCUUCACAUUGGCAGUAAUUGCUGCAGAUCGAGUGUACGCUAUUGUAUUUCCGUUUUACCACAAAGUCCCUCCUAAAGGAGUUUAUCCUUGCAUGAUAGCUACUGUUUGGGUUUUAUCCGGCUUAUUAGUAGUGUACUUCUUUUUGUUUCGGAUAAAUAUUCUCCCCAGAGAAGCUUUCGUUUAUCUGUUGUUAAUUAGCAUAUCGCUCUCCCUUCUCGUUAUUUGCACUUCUUAUUUACUAGUGUGGGCUCGUGUGAGAUGUUUCGCAAUCACUCAUGGUUUGAAGGGAGCUUCAUUCAGAGAGAGACGCUUAGCAGAGCUGUUGUUUUUAAUCACUGUUAUUUUCAUGUUUACCUGGUUACCUUUCCACAUUGUGAAUUUUGUAUUUCACUUUUGUGCAAAUCCAAAAUGUCAGCCUUCGACUAAACUUGUUUAUUUCAGCAAACUUUUGCACUACAGUAAUUCGUUUUUCAACCCCAUAGUUUAUUCUUACAGAAAUAUCGAGUUUCGACAAUGUCUGAAACGGCUCGCGAAAAAUGUAACGUCUCAGUCAAAACCUUUACUAGCAGAAAGGAAAGAACCAAAUCUUAAAGGCGAUCAGAGAAAAAGAAGGAUGCUGCUAGAGAGGCAAGAAGCGUUUCGUCGCAUUGUGUUGAAAGAAAGCAGAGUUUAGAAUAAACGAUGAUUGCGUAUAUAGCUAUGAAACGGUAAAAUUACUUUCUAGUUAUAAAAUACAUAGUCCACAAAUGAUGACGUGUAACUCCUUAGGUGAAUAAUUCUUAUCGUAUUCCUAUCUUUUAAAUAAUGGAGUAAAAAUAAUCUCGAUGGAAUAUCAAAGCAACAAUAACAAAAAAAUACAUGAA